AUGAUUUCAGGUGUAACCUUUGAUCAAAGCGGCAGUUUGGACCGUCUUAUUUCGACUGCUCCCGAAGAUGAACGAAUGGGCAUGCUACAUCCGGAUUCUGUUAAUUUUGCCGAAGUUGAAAAUGAGCCGUUUUUGGCUAGCGCAGUCACUUCGGAUGUUUCUGAGAUGGCUGGAGUAUCCGAUGUCGAGGGUAUCUUUCAAACGCUCCCUGGAGGUGCAUCCGAUUCACCUGGCUCCUUACAUGUUGAGGAUACGUACGGAUUUGAUACUGCUUUAGACCCAACAUUUGAUAUAGAUGCAGAAAUGGAAGUUGCAGAUGUAGCUGGUUUGUCCUCUGAUUCAUCAACAUUUGACAUCAGUAAUGUCUACGAACCAGGAGCGUCAACUUCAACUGCUACUGGUAUUGAUGAUAAUACGUUCGAAAUUGACCCAGCAUUUGAUUUGGAUACGUUGCUGGCUUCGGGAUAGCAGGCGUACGAAUGAUAUCUAAUUGCUGAAGCAGAUAAGUUGAAAAUCGGAAAUCAUUUGUACAAAUCAGUUAUGUAUUCUCUGAUAGUGUCAUCAGCCUAAUAAUGGCGUCCGUAUCGUAAAUGAAACUAAUUUAAACUGAGUCAGGGGUGAUAUCUUGGCUUAUACUAGAGUGAAGAAUGGGCGGCAAAUAUUUAGAGUAAUCGCACAGGAUGUGGUGCAAUUAUUGAUUUACAUAAAAAAAUGAUAUAUUGAUUA